UGUUCAAGCAGUCGGAGUUAAUAGCAUUAAUGUAUCAUGGAGUCCUCCAUUCACCCUGGAAGGAGUCCCCAUACUCCACUACAGUGUCUAUAUCACCAGUCAGGGAGUCUCAGAACAGAGAAACACCACUGAAACACACAUCACUCUGGAGAGACCAUGUGCCAGCACCACCUACCAGAUCAGUGCAUGGAAUGAAGUGGGAGAGGGAAAUGCUACCAGAAAAGCGUUCUUGACACUCAUUGAAGCAUCUGUCAAAGUUAUUAGUGAGCUGCUAAAACUAGGAAUAUGUCUUUCCUGUUCUUUCUUCUCUGAUUCUACUGCUGAUGGUUGCACCGUCAAGAUGGAAAAUGACAAACAUGUUUUUCUUUUCAAUGCCACCCGAAGCAACAACAAUGAUGACAACCUUGUACUACUGGAAUGUUUCUCAGUUCCAGAAGGAGGGGAGUACAGUGUCAGUGUCCAUGAGAUACACUACGGUGUUGUGCAGGAACAUGUUUGUACUCAAGUGAACGUAACAGUUUCGAUUACAGAAGGUAUGCCAGUGGUAUGACUGUAGUAAUAUCAUAAUCUAAUAACAUCUCUCUGGAGAGACAAUGUGCCAGCACCAUGCAUAUACCAGAUCAGUGCAUGGAAUGAAGUGGGAGAGGGAAAUGCUACCAGGAAAUUCACAAUGGAAAAUGACAAACAGGUUUUUGUUUUCGGUGCCACCCGAAGCAAUAACAAUCUUUCACUACUGGAAUGUUUCUCAGUUCCAAAAGCAGGGGAGUACAGUGUCAGUGUCCAUGAGAUUGUCCAGAAACAUGUUUGCACUGAAGUGAACAACAUUACAGUAUGGAUAAGAGAAAGUAUGCCAUUAUUAAGGCUACUCUGGCGCGCACGCGUCAUGUCAGGAGCAUGCUCAUACGCCACGUUGUUCCGACGGCUGGGAAGCAUUUUUCUUGAGCGUCUCUCCUCUGUCACUGUUCUCUUUGUUCCCAAUGGAUAAGAAGCUGAGAAAGGUAUGUCCGCAAUGUAGCAUAACAGUUCACGUGAGAGGAGCAGUUUGUGGAUGCGGCCAUGCCUUCCAUCUAAACGUUAAAAUCACAGUCUGGCAGUAUGUCGCAAGCAUUGAAACACAGAAGAGCACUGAUACAUUGAAUAAAGGAAAUGUGAGAGCCUCUGUAACACCUGAGCAAUUGCUCUAACCGCUAAGCUUACCCUCUGAUGCAACUUGCCUGUGUUACGGUGAGACUCGUAAUACUGGCUCCGUCGAUCGUGUCAAACAAGCCACUGUCGGUGUUUGCUGGUCACCAAUGUGCUGAUGUCCCUGCAAGAGUUGCGGCAUGCGAUCACCUAUAUGAACAAAUCCCACCAACCAGUACGUGGGGAAGAUUUUUCUUCCUUGUACCGUCUAACUCUGUCUCUCGAACAUCUCCAGAAUGGUAUAGAGUUGUCUCCUCAAAACAAUCCACCACAGUCUUUAUUACAUGCUAUUUUCUGGGAGACUCCCAGCAUUCUUUUGCCUAUCAGAACUACAUUGCACAAGUGGGUGGAUUCAAGCAAUUUCACAUGGAGCGUGACAACUACUGUUAUAUGAUUAGUGACAAACCAAUCCUAGUUAUGCAGUAUGCAUACGGUGCAUCAGCUAAUAAUGGCACCGGUGACCCCUUUAUGAUGAUGACAUUACCUACUGGGCAGUACGUUGCCAACACUACAAUCAACUUCUACGCCUAUGAAAACUUUACCAGCGACAUAACUAUUGUGGCACUACAGCAGGAUGCCCCUCCCGGUGAAGUUUUAUUACUGGACGGCGUAUCCUACACUUCAGAUUGGAUUCAACUUUAUUGCUCUGAAGAAGAGUUGUGUGGCUAUACACUCCAUAAGCAAGUCUCCACUGGGUUUCAUACUGUCAGAAGUGUUAAUAACCAAAUUCCGAUAGCUGUCUAUGUGUAUGGUUUUUAAUUCUCCCAGGGCUAUGGCUACCCAGCUGCAAUGGAACUAAAAGAUCUGGGGGUAGAGGAGUGUGUUGAUGGAGGGAUAAGGUUGGUGGGAGGAGAGACUGAAAGAGAAGGCAGGGCUGAGGUGUGCCAGGGAGGAGUCUGGGGAACCAUCUGUAAUGAUAACUGGAGCACAGAGGACACGGAAGUUGUGUGUGGACAACUGCUUCUCCUGUCCUCUGGCAUAACAAGCAGUUUCUAUGGAGAAGGAGAGGGCCCAAUUCAUAUGGACAAUGUACAAUGUCUAGGGGUCGAGUCCAGUAUAUUGGAGUGUGUCUAUGACAUCCAUACUGCUGACUGUUCUCAUAGCCAGGACGUCGGAGUUUUAUGUUACUCUUAUCCUGAGCCAGAGGUAGAGUUGCAGCAAAGUCCAUCAAACAGCCAAUACUUUGCAAGCUAUGACCUAACUCUUACAUGCAUUAUAUCAGUUAGCUCAAAUGUUGUUGGUCGGGUAAGGCUCACAGCUGGCUGGUCUAAAGAUGGCAUACAGUACAUCAGCAACAGUUGGGACUCACGGACUUCUGCCACUCCUGUCACACAAAUCAGCAAUUAUGUCUAUACUACAAAUCUGAAAUUCCUCCCACUGGAGGAACGGGACUCAGGGACCUACCAAUGCACAGCUGUCCUCACUAGCUUUACUGGAGUUCCUUUAGUCAAUGGCACAAAUGAUACUUCUUUAAUGGUUAAAGAACUUCAAUCCAAGCGCAUUCAACUGCAGUUAUUUGGAGCAGAAAACUGUGUUCAGUGGAUACAGAGUAAGGGUGCAGACGUUAAGCAGGCACUUGCAGGCUCAGUCGGUGAUGGAGUGGAGGAUCUGUGCAACUGUGAAUUUUCUGCCAGAAACCUCAAAGAGAUAGUCCUGCAGUGUUACUCGGACUACCCAGCCAAGACUUUUGUUCUGCUAACGAUACAAGUAACUGCCACUAAGAGUCUUCCUGAGAUAUUGAACUUUAUUACUGACUGGAUCGCUAGAGAUCCGCACAUUGUUCUUGGUGAAAGUAACACCACGGUGUAUAUCGACAAACUCUGCGAUAUAACAAUUCUAGGAUCAGAGUGUGUUCCCACCUCCUCUUCUUCAUCUUCUGCGGAAAUCCCCUCCAACAAUCCUACUACUGCUGCUUCAAAGUCACAAACAGAAGGCCUGAUAGCAGGAAUCGGUGUGCUAGCAGUUUUCACUGUGGUAAUUCCAGUAAUGCUGGUAGUGAUGUUUGUGGUGUUUACCAAAUGUUGCCACAGAGGUGCUCAAAAUCUUCAGCCAAUCAUGUAAGUGUUGCAUUAGGAAUCCCAAUUUUGAUGACAAUCGGGAUGGCGGCCGUUUGUGAGAUGUGGGACAGGACUUGUGGAGUAACUAACACUUAGUUUGUGUGAGAGUAUGUAUAGAGUGCUCUUCGUAGAGAGUCAACUGCCAGAACAAGACAUUGAUCUUUUGCAUGUGUAUAAUGAUUAUGUAUGUGUGUUCCCCUUUUUUGUAAUUAGAGUGUCACUAUAUAGACUUUACUUUAUGUCAACAGUGGCACAAAAUCGUUGUUGGAGAGCGAAGCAACCCUACGUAGUGU